AUGAGUGGAGUAGAAUGGGUGGUGUUUGGCGCUGUUGCUGCUGCUGCUGAGACUGUGUCUGCUGCUGGUGCCGCGGCGGCUGCUGCAGCUUCUGGUGAUCCUUCUUCUGCUGCUGUGGCUGCUGCUGCUCCUGCUGCUGCUUUGGCUGCUGCUGCUGCUGCUGCUGCUGCUUCGGCUGCUGCUGCUGCGGCUUCUGCUGCGGCCGCUGCUGUUUCUGCUGCUGCUGGUGCUGUUGCUGCUGGUGCUGCUGGUGCUGCUGCUGCUGCUGCUGCUGCUGCUGCUGCUGCUGCUGCUGCUGCUGCUGCUGCUGCUGCUGCUGCUGCUGCUGCUGCUGCUGCUGCUGCUGCUGCUGCUGCUGCUGCUGCUGCUGCUGCUGCUGCUGCUGCUGCUGCUGCUGCUGCUGCUGCUGCUGCUGCUGCUGCUGCUGCUGCUGCUGCUGCUGCUGCUGCUGCUGCUGCUGCUGCUGCUGCUGCUGCUGCUGCUGCUGCUGCUGCUGCUGCUGCUUUUGUGGCAGCGGCUGCAGCCUCUGCUCCUGCAGCUGUUGUUGCUGCUGCUGCUUCUGCUGCUGCGGCUGUGACUGCCGCUGCUGCUGCUGCUCCUGCUUCCGCUGCUGCUGCUGCUGCUGCUGCUGCUGCUGCUGCUGCUGCUGCUGCUGCUGCUGCUGCUGCUGCUGCUGUGGUUGCUGGUGCUGCAGCCGCGGCUGCUGUUGUGGCUUCUGCUGCUUCAACUGCUGCUGCUGCUGGUCCUGCUGCAGUUGCCGCUGCUGCUGCUGCUGCUGCUGCUGCUGCUGCUGCUGCUGCUGCUGCUGCUGCUGCUGCUGCUGCUGCUGCUGCUGCUGCUGCUGCUGUUGCUGCUGCUGAUGCUUAUGCGGCUGCUGCUGCUGCUGCUGCUGCUGCUGCUGCUGCUGCUGCUGCUGCUGCUGCUGCUGCUGCUGCUGCUGCUGCUGCUGCUGCUGCUGCUGCUGCUGCUGCUGCUGCUGCUGCUGCUGCUGCUGCUGCUGCUGCUGCUUCUGCUGCUGCGGCUGCGGCUGCGGCUGCUGCUGCGGCUUUGGCAGCUGCGGCUUUUUCUGUUGGGGGUUCUGCUGCUCUUGGAGAGCUGCGUGGGAGAGGCUCACGUUCACCUUCAGCUUACCUCUGGUCACGCCCGAGUUAG